UUAUCUGUACAUUUCCUUCGGAACAUUAUUACUACGACUUAUUGGCGUGUUUUUGUCCAAUAACAUUUUGUACCGUGGCCGUCUCUUCACGCUGUUCGGCCAUCAGUGUGCGACACGUACAUAAAUAAACAAUUCUGAACUUGCAGAAACAUGUCGAUCCGACCCGCCUUACGCGCGACCAUAGUCAAGAAGCGCACCAAGAAGUUCACCCGCCAUCAAAGUGACCGCUAUGGCAAGCUCAAGCGUAACUGGCGUAAGCCCAAGGGUAUUGACAACCGUGUCAGGCGUCGCUUCAAGGGCCAGUACCUGAUGCCCAACAUUGGUUACGGUAGCAAUGCCCUGACCAGGCACAUGCUGCCCACUGGAUUCAAGAAGGUUCUUAUUCACAAUGUUAAGGAGCUUGAGGUGCUGAUGAUGCAGAACCGCAAGUACGCUGCCGAGAUUGCCCACGGCGUUUCCUCCAAGAAGCGCAAGUCUAUUGUUGAGAGAGCCCAGCAGCUGUCAAUCAGGUUAACUAAUGGAAAUGCCCGCCUGCGCUCUGAGGAGAAUGAAUAAAUCUUUUCUUAAGUAAU